CGGAAUUUUGGCAUUCCUGCAUUACAAACCCGGAUAAUGGAUUUGGCUCCGAUGAAACGUGACAUCGACGACCUCAUAUCCCAAUUUUCCGCCGCCGCUUCAACUCGCUUCGCUGACAUGAAGCAAGUAUGGCUCUCCAAAAAGUUCUCCUACAUCUACAACGCCCGUCCCACUUGCAUUAACUCCCUCGCCCUCUUCAUGCAGUCCCUCUACUCCCACUCAAUCGGGCAUCUAGUCUCUUCAGAUUCCUUGUCACGCAGACUCGGCGGCCUCUACUGCCUCUACUGCCUCUAUGAGACUCAGCCCUUCAAGCCGCCUUUCAAAAUCUACCUAUCUCUGGAAGAGCUCAAGAAGCUCCGGAACCUCGUGGCGGACGCGAAGGCUGAGCGCGUGGCGGCCGCGAGCGCGGUGGUGAAACGGAUGCUGGAGAAGAAGGUGUUUCUGUUCGGGUGCGUGGAGACGAACGAGGGGCUGAAGGGGAAGGUGGAUCAGCUGAGGGAGCUGGAGAACGCGAGGAUUCGGACGGCGUGUGAGAAGCUGUUUGGGGAUGGGAGGAUUGAGGAGUUUAGUCACAUGGAUUUGGGGGUGGAGGUUGAUUUGGGGAAGGUGAGGCAGAUGUGUGGGGAGUAUGCGGAGUUGAAGAGGGUUGCGGCGGAGGAGGGUGGGGAUGAGGAGAUGAAGGGGGCUGAGGGAGGAGGGAAGGAGUUGGUUGGGGAUGUGUUGGGGAAGAUUGUCAAGGAGUGGGAUGAGCAGAGGGGAGUGUUUUAUCGGGAGACGGGGUUGAGUCGGAAAAUGUAUGGAGAGGAGGAGCAGAGGCAGCAGGGAGAAGAGGAGGGAGAGGACGACAGUUUCGACAAGGAGCUCGAGCAGAUGCUCUCUGCAAUCUGAAGAUUUUUUAGUUUUGUUGUUACUUGGUGGAUAAUGAUCUUUUGGUUUAGGCUUGAUUAAUAGGACUUGGUUUUUUCACACUUUGAUGGCGUCCUAUCAUGGUUUCAGUCUUUUGUUAGACAAUGUUAAUUUGUCUUAGGUUGCCAUUCUAGUGGAUAUCGAUAUCAUAUAGCAAGGAGUAACAAUGGGUUGAAAUGCAGUGAAAUCUAUUGUUUAGAAUUUGGUUUAGAUGCUUUUGAGUUUCUGAGUUCAUUCUUGUUCUUCCACAGGUUUAUCCUGCUCAUAAGUGGAAAAGUAAGCAUAUGUUUGUGAAGCAGUGCUGAAUAUGGCAGUCUGAAAUGAUGAGACCUUUGUAGGUUGUGGAGCCCAUAUUUCCAGUAAUGUUCCAACAAACAAAAGCAACUAGUUUUAUGUGGAUAAAAAGGAAAUAAUUGAUUUGGGGUAAGUGGAGGAGAUGCGGCCGGGAUUUGUUAAAUGGGUGACCUAGAGGGAGGUUCAGAAGCCACUAGGGGUGUCAAGGAAGGUGAUCCUGAAUCACCUAUCUUCGACUCUUAUGGUGGAUGUGUCUUAAUAACAUUGAUGAAGAGCAUAAGAAUUGAGAUUGAUUGAAGGUUUUUGUUCAAGUGGAGGAAUUUGAUAUUUGGAAUUUGCUGAUGAUAUCUUCAAAUGAGAACCUUUUUCUUGAAAUGAAUUGGAGAUGAAGGAUGCUUUGAGGCAUGCAGAUAUGUCUUUAAUAGGAAUUUACAGACCAAAGAUUCACCUGCUUUCUGGAGUUGUCUUCAUCUUUUUGAGUUUAAGAAGUUUAAAGUGGAGGGAGAUGCUCAAGGUUUAAUAUAGAACCCAGCAAGUGCUACUGUUGAUUUCAGUGUGGAAAGAGUUCUGUUGAUAGUAUAAGACAAUUGAAGUUGAUAGUGUUGAGUGUCACUUUCCAUAUGGAUUGUAGCACGGUGCAGCAGAAUUUACAUGGCUCUCCUUUCAUCUUACCUUGCAGAAAAGUUUUCCGAAGAGCUUCAGGGCUCAGCACCUGUUUAUAGCUCACCAGAAUAUUCUAUCUGCCAAAAGUUCAUCAGUUACCAUGUAGCUUUGGCAACCUUGGCUCUCUAUCUUUCUAUUUAUUGAUCCUCCAGUGUAAUUAUUGAUGUGCGUCUUUGAUGUCCUUUUGAAUUGCUACCUUGUCCUAGACUCCUAGUGCGUAAAAUAUAUAUAUCUUGUAUCUACUGAAAACAUAUUAGGACGCAUUAGGUUUUUUUUCAUCCCUAAUUGUUUUCAGCUUUAGUUAUGGAUUUUUGUUGAUUUGGUGUGUCUAUGAAGAUGCUUAGAUACAUGUCUUGUAUGCUAAACCAAGCCUUCACUUAGUACUUGGACUUGAAUAAUGUUAUGCUGCUGGUGAGUGAAGAUGAUUUACUGUCCUACGGUCCAUCACUAGAAAAUGUACAUUUUUGGGACUUGCUUGUAUUUAACAUAUGGGAUUAAGCAAUGCUUGCAGUAUAUGUACAAGUGUACAACAUUGAUCGGUACUUGGUCCCUUUUGUAAGGAUUUCUGCACAUUUGUAUGUUGGAAACUAA